CUUUCCACUUAUUUCCUAUAAAAACAACUUCAUGAUAACAUUCUCCUUAAAUCAAGUCACAAAAACAUAACCCUUUUACACACCUGAACACAACAUAGAGUUGCUGUUGCUGCAAUAAACACCCCCAAAAAAAUUUAACCAUUAUUCCAAAGAUCAAAAUCCUCCAUUCCAAAACCUCAAGAACAGCAAAAAAACAGUGAAAGAAGUAAAAAAAAAAAAAAAAAAAAAAAAAACAGAAAUGGAGGGAGGAGGAAACAUGGGACCCACUGCCACCUCACACUCUCACUCUCACUCUCACUCUCACUCUAGACCAGUGAGAACUUCUUCUCGUUACUUUUACGGCCACUCUUCUUCUUCUCCGGCCAACUUUAGUGGGCCCGUUAGAAGGUGGGAGAAGAAAUGGGUCCACGUGUCUUCAUCUCAGCCAUCCACUGCUAAUAAACCUCGUAAAUUCUUCUUAUCCAACGGUCUAAAAUCACCCAGUUCACCUCUUCUUCUUUGUAAGUGGACCCCACUUUCUCGCCCUCAAUCAUGCUCCGGUAACGGUCAAAUUUCUCGUCGUAAGUUUCGGUAUACUCCGAUUACAGUCUUUGAGGAGAAGAAGAAGCUGACAGAAAAAGAAAUUGCUGAUAAAGAUAAUGUAGAAGAAACCAAUCAGUCUCUGGAGAGGCCAGCAAUGGACAGUGAUGAUAUCUAUGGGUUACUCGAUAUGAAUAGUGACCUCAUGGGAGCACAUCAGGAAAGCAGUGGGGUUGAUUUAAUUUAUACGAGGAGAAGCCACUUGAAUCUCGGGUUAAACCUGGAGAACAAGUAUAAAGAUGGUCUGAUCUGAACACAAGAGGAUCUCGGGCCACAAAUUAAUAACUUUUGCCUGUGGAUAGCUUUGCAGUGAAAGCUCUUGCUUCGUGGUUCUUGUAGAUUGGUGUCAUCCAUGACUUCGGCCAUAUAGGUAGUAGAAUCAUGUUAAGUUUGUAAGUAUUGCAUCCUUAGGAUUGUGAAGUCCUGUUGCAACUGUAUGUUGCUUGAAUGUUAUGUAAUGGCAAGUUUCUUUUGGUGCAUGACGAGUUAGUUCAUGUGCUAAUAUA